GUUUUGUCGUGGGUCGUGAUUCACUGUGCGCACGGGCUUGACAGGUUGGUUCGACGGAAGCAGCUUUCUUGAUGCUCACUUUUUCUUUGGUGCUCGUGGGAAACGGAAGCAAGUUGUUCGCUCACCGUGCGGUCGCUGAUCGAUUGGUGUGAGCAAGUGAGUGGCUGACAGUGAAGUGUAAUUUGAGAAUUACAUAAUUUGGGAUUGUGUAUCGGUGUUUUAAAGCUUCCCGAACGUAAAAGAAACAAGCGAAAAUGGAUGUUGCUGUGAAGCAAGAAAUUAAUGGGUCCCCGUUGCCGCAGCGUCCACAGCAGCAACCGCAUGGUGGUGGUGGUGGGGGUCCCGGCCCUAUGCAAGGCAAUAAUCAAGCUGGGCCCGAUCAGCACGGCCCAGGCGGCCCGGGCGGACCGGGUGGACCCGGCGGACCAGGCGGACCAGGCGGCCCGGGUGGACCGGGUGGACCGGGAAACAAGAACAUGAACAGAAAUAAUCGCAACAAUAGCAAGAAUCGCCAGAGCAUGCCGAAUCGCAAUCGCGGUCCGGGUGGUAAUGCUGGUGGCGGCGGUGGCAAUCCCAACAAUAACGGUGGUCCCGGAAACAAUCGUCCCGGCAACAAUGGAGGAAACCCUCAACAAAUGGGAGGAGAGGAUUUCGGUCCCAAUCAGCACCAGAACCGGGGUGGCAUGCAUCGGGGCAACAACCGCGGAGGAAAUGAUAUGGAUAACAGUUUCGGCGACCGUCGGCGUGGCGGUGAAGCUUACUUUAUCAACGAGAAGCUUCGCCAGCUGGCCGGACCGCUGUUCGAAAUUCCACCGAUCGAGGCACAGGAUGUGAAAUUUUCUGGCCGCAAUCGGCUGUACGUCGGCAACCUGACCAACGAUGUGACGGAGGAAGAGCUGGUUGAUAUGUUCAAAGUGUACGGCGAGAUCAGCGAAGUGUUCAUGAACAAGGAGAAAAAUUACGCCUUUGUGCGCGUAGAUUAUCUCUCGAAUGCUGAGGCGGCAAAGCGCGGCCUCGACGGUACCACGCGCAAGAACCGUGUGCUACGCGUGCGAUUUGCCCCGAAUGCAACAGCGAUCCGCGUCAAAAAUCUGACACCGUACGUCACGAACGAGCUGCUGUACAAAGCGUUUGAGGUGUUCGGUCCGCUCGAGCGAGCCGUCGUGCAGGUGGACGAGCGUGGUAAACCGACCGGCGAGGGCAUUGUGGAGUUUAAGAACAAGCCCGGCGCAAUGGCCGCUAUACGAUACUGUACGGAGAAAUGCUAUUUCCUGACCGCGUCACUGCGGCCAGUCAUCGUGGAGCCGUACACGUACCAGGAUGACAACGAUGGGCUGCCGGAAAAGUCGCUCAACAAGAAGCAAAACGACUUUUUGAAGGCACGCCAGCAAGGGCCGCGCUUUGCCGAGCACGGUUCGUUCGAGUUCGAGUAUGGCCAACGCUGGAAGCACAUGCACGAACUGUUCAAGCAGAAGGCCGAAUCGUUGAAGCGCGAGAUGAUCAUGGAGGAGGAAAAGCUCGAAGCACAGAUGGAAUACGCUCGAUACGAGCAGGAAACAGAGUUGCUGCGAGAGCAACUGCGCCAACGCGAAAUGGACCGCGAUCGUCAGAAAGCUGAGUGGGAAAUGAAGGAGCGCCAGGUGCAGGAGGCCCGUCAACGCAAUGACAUUCAGAUUAAAACGGAACUCGAAGAAAUGACUACCCGUAUCAAACGAUCGGAUGAAGAAUUGCAUCGCCGACAAAAAGAAAACAACAUGUUCAUGCAGAAUCGCCAGAUGAACAUCAUCGAUCCGCAGCAGCAAAUGAACGAUAUGGGUGGUAUGGGGGGUAGUGGUGGUGAUGGGGGUGGCGGCAGUGGCAUCGAUAACCGCCGUAACUUUGAUAUGAUGAAUCAAGUUGUCGGUGGUGGUGGUGGCGGCGGCGGCGGCGGCGGUGGUGGCGGCAAUGGUAACUUCGGCAACAUGGAACCGACCGUCCGAGAUUACGAUCACGGUCAAAACCGACCAACUCGGUUUGAUGAUGGACCGCAACCGCAGCAGCAACAGCAGCAACAGCAGCAAAUGCAUCAACAGCAACAACAACAGCAGCGUGGAAACAAUUUCGGAGGCAAUCGUAACAAUUGGAUGAACAAUACACCAGAUCGUCGUAACAACAAUGAUGAUUUUCAAAAUAAGCGCCGACGCUUUUAAAGAGACAUUUCAGUGAAGACAUUGGUUCAUAGCGUGGUGUAAAAAUCAUCGCUGAUAUUCUCUGUUAUGUCUCUUGAGAUCAGAUCAAUACGAUCUUACUCCAUCAAAACGUGCAAACUCUUAACUACCUGUGCGAGGGACUUCAGAAACUUGUUUACGACUCCUAUCGUAUUCAACAAUUCCUUUCCUUCGUGUGAAAUGAUUUGACUUUCAAUAUGGAAACCGGGAGCGAAUUUUGACACUUUUAUGUUCAACUAUUCCCAUUGACUUGACUUUAUCCAUCAUUGUGAGUUUUUUAAAACUCUCACUAUCGUCAGGAUGUUGACGUGUGGAUAGCGUUUGUGAUUACAGGUUUACCAUUUUUCCUUCAGAUAUUUUUCACCAAAUGUAUGUGUCAAUAUCAGUUUGAUUUUAGUAAAAAACUACAAGUCCUCUUUGAAACCAUCAUUUAUUUCUAUAACCAUAAACACUUGAUCUUGAUCUCUUUGGGAUGGAAAAAAUGGGUUGUCUUCUUUUCCCGAUGAAUAAUGAAUGCCGCCACUUUUCCAGGCGGAUAGGCAUGUACUCUACUACCAACGGAAAAGAACCACAAAUAAUUUAGUAUCCUGGACAAACAAUUGUUCGAUAUAAACAAAACAAAUUAGCCAAGUAAGAUAAUAUCCCCAUCGAGGGUAGUAUAAACUUUUAUCAAUCGCUAAGGAAUAAUGUAUGUAUGUAUGACCAUUUUUAAAUUGAUCUUAUAGAAUACACUAACUCAGUGUAACAAAUAAAAGAAAAUAAAUUAACUACUGUACUAUUUAAACAAAUUUUUGGAAAAAACAAGUGAUGAAAAUAAUGAACAUUAUGUUAAAAUUGCAGUAAUUGCUUCAUCAAAAUGUAAACCCGGAGAAAAAGAAUCACUUCUCUGUGUAUGUGGUGUAUACUAGUAUAUUAUGUCUAGAUCAAUUCUUAAUACUAACGCUGUGCGGGAUCGUUUUUCUACAUCUAUAUUUCUACUUUAGAAGGUAUUUCUACACAUUUUUGGAGUGGAUGAGAAGAUCAAACAACUAACUGAUGCUUAAAUAUUUAUUUCUCUUCUUUUGUGACAAAUUUCAUCGUUUUAAUGUCCAAUGAGAUGAACAUGCGGCUCCGAGUAAGAUUAGCCUUUGACGACAUUUUGAUCCAAACGUUUGGGUUCUUAAUUAAGAUCAAAACGUCAAACGGGUCGAAGUGUCGUAUCUUAAAGAAUCGCCGUACCGUCUAUGACAUCCUAACAUGCAAAAUUUAAGACGUUCUAAACAUGCCUAUAAUUAAAAGCAAAGUUAAAAUGUAAACGAUAUCAUACGAUCACGAAUGAUCAUUUUGCUACGAACAUACUGGCUACAUGUUGAGCUAGAUCUGAGAAUGAUUUUGUGUGCUUACUUAAACAUUUAACAACCCUAUAAUUCUAUAUGUUUCAUUUAGUGUGUCUGUCCCCUUCCAAUCAUAUAAAGUCAUCACUUGCUGACGGGGGAUGUAUGCGAAGAAUAUUUUUUUCCAUUAAUAUCAACCCGCUUGAGGAGUGUGACAUAAUUGGCGUUAACAUUGAUUAAAAUUGAUCAGAUGAAUAUGUGUAUUUUUUUUUAAAAUCAACCUUAAGAUCAGGUUGCAAAGCAAAACUAAUAAUAUAUUACAAACAUACAUCAUUGGAAUACGAAUAUAAGAGAAUAGCAAAUGUAUAAGAACAA